AUGUCUUCCCCUUGGGCCAAAAUACAACCCGUCGAGUCGGUGGAUCUGCAAGAGAUCAUGUCAGAGGAAUUUGCAAAAGAGCUGAUAGCGAAGGAGAAUCCGGCUCCAAAUUUAUCGAGCCCACCGAAACCACAGCCAGAACCGGUGCCGUCAUCGUCGAAAAGUACUACGUCGGGUGUAAUGAAACCGCUCGAGGAGCCGGUGGCCGGUUGUUCCCGAGCGAUUGAUCCUGGGAAAGCCAUGGAAAACCUGCCGGACGAUGUGCUGCGCGCGAUUGAGCAGGCAGAUCAGAAGGAAAUCGAUUCCGAUGCUUUCAUAGCGCAGAUGUUGCAGGCGCAGUUUGAUGCUGAGUAUGACGAUCAGAUAAGGCGCGAGGAAAAUCACAGAAACAAGGAUUCCAAGGUGAAGGUGUCGUAUAAGAAUUUUCGUGUGAUUCCGGAAGGUUUGUUGUACGAGGAACCCGCUGAAAUCCCGAUAGAUCCGAAAGCAGACUGGGACCGGUUCGAGACGAAUGAGAAGGAGCAAAAACUGCUUCCGCGAAUGGGCUUUCGGUUGAACGACCAAGGAGAGAUGUUGACGAAGCACAAUCUGGACAUUAGCGGUCGUAGCAACGCCUGCAAAGUGAUGUCAUUUCCACCGGAAUUUUCUACCGGUGAUGCGGCCGGGUUUGAUAUGAAGUUAUCCAACAAAGUGUUCAACCAGCUUAAAUCCCACUCGAAGAAAACGUCUAAGGCGAAGCACAAGGCGCAGGACAGGAAGGAAAAUAUCGCCACCGCCGAAAUGGGUUUGGACGAACCGACCCGGUUGAUUCUGUACAAGUGGAUCAACAACCAGCUCCUGGAGUCGAUCGGAGGUGUGAUUUCGACCGGAAAGGAGGCCGUCAUUCUCCACGCCGAGACGAACCCGUACAAUCCAAACCUGAAGGAAGACGAACCAACCCCACCAAAGGAGGUUGCCAUCAAGGUGUUCAGUACGACGCUGAACGAGUUCAAGCAGCGCGAUCGAUACAUUAAGGACGAUUUCCGAUUUGCUGGUCGCUUUUCGAAGCAGAACGCUCGCACCGUCAUCAACAUGUGGGCAGAGAAGGAGUUUCGAAAUUUGAAUCGAAUCCAGCGUGUCGGUAUCCGUUGUCCAAAGAUCGUAGCACUGAAGAAGAACGUGCUGGUGAUGGAGUUUGUCGGGGACAGCAUGAUCCCAGCACCUAAGCUGAAGGAGGCGGUGCUGUCGCAUGUGCAACUGAGCCUAAAGUACGAAGAGAUUGUGGAAAUCAUGCACAAGCUAUACAAAGAGGCUCGCUUGGUACAUGCGGAUUUGUCCGAGUACAACAUACUCGUUCACGAUGGCCAGUGCUGGAUCAUCGAUGUGGCACAAUCCGUUGAACCCUCGCAUCCAGGCGCAUUGGAGUUCCUCAUGCGGGAUUGCGACAACAUCAGCACGUUUUUCACAAAACGUGGCGUAAGCGGUGUGAAAACCAAGGAAGACCUCUUCUUCGACAUAACCGGGUUGGAUCCGUUAUCGCACAAUGCGGCCGUCUUGGAACGGAUACACAUGAAGGGCGAACCGGCGCAUGUUGUUUCUGCCAUCGAUGACGAUACGCCGGAACGGUUCAAGCCGAUGCGAUACCCGUUCGAGUUCGCCUGGUCAGUAGUGCAAGCGAAUGAUGCGAAACCGACCGUGUGCUCUUCGGACGAGGAAAUACCGGUGAAAGAGGAAGUUGCUGCAGUUGCUUAGGAUGGCUAAAAGCGAGAGCACUUGAUAUACCAACAGAACAGGAUCGUUUAAAAUAAACGUGUGAUGU